GUUUCAGAUGCGCACGCCCCACCGGCUGAUCCUGAGCGGCUCCCCCCUGCAGAACAACCUGCGCGAGCUGUGGUCCCUGUUCGACUUCGUCUUCCCCGGGAAGCUGGGCACGCUGCCCGUGUUCAUGGCUCAGUUCGCUGUCCCCAUCACUCAGGGCGGCUAUACCAACGCCUCGGACACCCAGGUGGUGACGGCGUUCCGGUGCGCCCAAGUGUUGCGGGACACGAUCGCUCCCUACCUACUGCGGCGGCUGAAGGCAGAUGUCCAGCAGACACUGCAGCUGCCAACUAAAAACGAACAGGUGCUGUUUUGUCGUCUGACCGACGCCCAACGGACCAUGUACCAGGAGUACCUGCAGUCGGACAGCCUGCGGCGCAUCCUCCAGGGCAGGCUGAAGGUGUUCGUCGGCCUGAUCGCCAUGCGGAAGAUCUGCAACCACCCGGACCUGCUGUCGGGUGCGCCUGACCCGGAGCAGGAGCUGGAACAGGGGUCGGAGCCAGAGGCCGGUCGGUACGGCUUCUGGCGCCGCUCCGGCAAGAUGGUGGUGCUGUCGGCCCUGCUGCAGAUGUGGCGCCGGCAGCAACACAAGGUGCUGCUCUUCACGCAGAGCAGACAGAUGCUGUGUAUUCUGGAGGCGUUCCUGGUGUCGUGUGACUACCCAUUCCUGAAGAUGGACGGCACGACGACGGUGGGCUCGCGCCAGAAGCUGAUUGGCCGCUUCAACAGCGAGCCCGACCUGUUCGUCUUCCUGCUCACCACCCGCGUCGGCGGCCUGGGCGUCAACCUGACCGGUGCUAACCGAGUGGUGAUCUUUGACCCCGACUGGAACCCGUCGACGGACCAGCAGGCGCGGGAGCGGGCCUGGAGGAUCGGCCAGCAGCGGCACGUCACCAUCUACAGAUUGCUGACGGCGGGCACAAUUGAGGAGAAGAUUUACCAUCGGCAGAUAUUCAAGCAGUUUCUCACUAACCGUGUGCUGAAGGACCCCAAGCAACAGAGGUUUUUCAAGUCCAACGACCUGCAUGACUUGUUCACGCUGACUGAAGACCCGUGCGAUGGGGCGGACGAGGCCCGGAACGGCGCCGAGGGCGCGAGCCGCACCGAGACGGCGGAGAUGUUCGGAGGUAGCCAGGUGAGCGCGGCCGCGCUCCGCCGGCGCCGAGAGCGGCAGCGGCAGGCCCGCCGCGAGCAGCAGGCCCAGCAGCAGCGGCGGGCGCUCAGGCGCAAGCGGCGCCUGCUGGAGAAGGCGCGCCACCUCAGCCGACGGCUGUUCGGAGCGGCGGCGUCAGGCAGCCAGACGGGGCCGGCGGCGCCGAACGGCCAGCACCAGGAGACGGACGGCCAGCACCAGGAGGCGGACGGCCAGCACCGGGAGACGGACGGCCAGCACGAGGAGACGGACGAUCAGCAGCAGGAGACGGACGAUCAGCACCAGGAGACGGACGGUCAGCACCAGGAGGCUGACGGUCAGCACGAGGAGACGAACGGUCAGCAUCAGGAGACGGACGGUCAGCACCAGGAGACGGACGGCCAGAACCAGGAGACGGAUGGCCAGUGCGGCACAGUUCCGGCGCAGUGCGGCCGGAAUGUCACGGCGCUGGUGUCUGAGGCGCGCGGGGCACCUGACGGCCGAGGCGUCGGCGGGCAGGCCGGUCCGCCCCCGGUACCGGCCGGCCCGUCCUCGGUACCGGCCAGUCCGUCUCCGGUACCAGCUGGCCCGCCCUCGGUACCGGCC